UGGCUAAGAAUUAGAAGCAGAGACAGCUACAUAGGUUUGAGCUGCCGAGGAUUCCCUGCACCGACAAUCCUGUACGGUCAUAAAUCAACCCCCUUCAAUUAAUGGAACUGGUAAGUAAUCACAUUUGUCGCUCUUCUUUUCAUUACAUCAUUGUUAGUUAGAUUAAUUUUACACAUUCACCUUAAUUCAGUUUCAGAACAAGAAAUAAAAAAAGAAACAAAGCUUGAAACACCAUUUUCUUAUGCUAUCAUUCAUCACAUCCUAUUCCGAUGGCACCAUCAAAACCACACAUCUCCAUCUACAUCUCCAUCAUCACUAUCUUCCUCCUCCUCUUGAAUCCAACCAAAUCCGAAGAAAAUAAAAACCUUAAAUCAACAACAACAGAAAAUGAGUGCGAACAACGUUGGAUCCACAUAAGAAAAUUACCACCAAAAUUCAACCUAGAUCUACUCUCAAAUUGUUCAGAAUACACAUUCCUAGACGAUUUAUGUCCUUACUUAGCAAACCAUGGUUUGGGUCAAAAAACCCAUAACCGUUCCCAUAGUUGGUACCGAACCGACCCAUCCAUGCUUGAACUCAUUUUCCAUCGUCGUAUGUUAGAAUAUCCAUGCUUAACGGAAGAUCCUAAAACCGCUAACGCCGUUUAUCUUCCUUACUACGCUGCCUUUGAUUCUCUCCGUUAUCUUUACGGUCCUGAAUAUAAUUCCAGUGAACAACACGGUGUUCAUCUUUUUCAUUUUCUGACCAAAGAAAAUCACCCUGAAAUAUGGAACCGUCAUUCGGGUCAUGAUCAUUUUCUUGUUAUGGCCCGACCCGCUUGGGAUUUCGCUCAGCCGUUGGAUAAUGAUCCUCAUCUUUGGGGAACUUCGUUUCUUGAAUUACCACAUUUUUUUAAUGUAACUGCGUUAACUUUGGAAUCUCGUGCUUGGCCUUGGCAAGAACACGCUGUUCCUUAUCCAACGUCGUUUCAUCCACCGAAUCUCGCUUUGUUGGAUUCUUGGAUUCAGCGUGUUCGUCGAUCAAAGAGAUCUUCUCUUGCUCUUUUUGCAGGUGGUGGUGGUUUUUCUGCUACGCCCAACAUCCGAAGGAGUAUAAGAAUGGAAUGUGAUAAUGAUAACAAUAGCAGUAAUGUGAAUGGGAAUUCAUUUGGUUAUGAAAAGCUUUGUGAAACUGUUGAUUGUUCUAAUGGUGUUUGUGAGCAUGAUCCAAUUAGGUUUAUGAAACCAAUGUUAGGUGCAAAUUUCUGUUUACAACCACCAGGGGAUACUCCUACGCGUAAAUCGACUUUUGAUGCGAUUCUUGCAGGUUGUAUACCUGUGUUUUUCGAGGAUUUGUCUGCGAAAUCACAGUAUUCGUGGCAUUUACCGGAGAAUGAAUUUGAGGGGUUUUCUGUUACUAUACCUAAGGAGGAUGUUGUUUUCAAGGGGUUGAAGAUUUUUGAUGUGUUGCAGAGAAUACCUAGAGCUAGGGUUAGGAGAAUGAGGGAGAAAGUUUUGGAGUUGAUUCCUAGAGUUGUUUAUAGAAAGCAUAAUAGUUCUCCUGGUUUGAGAAAUAAGAAGGAUGCAUUUGAUUUAACAAUUGAUGGUACUUUGAAUAAGAUUCGAUCAAGGCUUCAGGAACUUGAUUUGGUUUUGUAAUUAAGUUUUGUUUUUGGCGAUCUUGAUAUUAAAGUUAAGUUUCCCUUCUGCCA